CAUAUUGAGAUCCACUGAAGGCCAUCCUUGACUGAUAGGCAUCUUCCCGACUCAUUGCAUCAGAGGGCGCAAAGUAUGAGGGCUGGGAGAGGGACCCUGGGUAUUUGCCUGGCCAGUGUAAAGCAGUCACAAGGAGGAGACCUGCACAGACUAGCAUGUGGCCUUAAGAAAAGAAGUCAGAAGGGGAAGCCCAGCCCAUCAGAUGUGCCUUCUUGGACAGACCAACCUAUAGCAGAUACCCAUGGAAAGUCACCAGCCAUGGCGGCGGCAUCCCCAGAAAGGAAGCAUGAUCAGAGCAAGGCCAGCCUCCUACUUCACAGUGGCUUCCAAGUGCUUCAGUCUCUGAAGAGAUCAAUGGGGAGAAGUUCAGCUCCAGCAGCCUCCCUAGGCAAGGCUCUGUCCUCUGCUCCUUCAGAACAACAACUAGCUGGGGUGUCCUGUGGCAUCAGGGAUGCACUGGGAAGUGACUGGCCGGGAAGAGAUCCCAGAGCCACAGACAGCCAUGGACAGUACCUCAGAGGAGAGUCCUGGGUGUCAGGAUGGCUAGGCCAUCCAAAACUGAGGGAAACGGGGUUCCUAAGAGAUGAACCCCUAAGUGCUGUCCCCAAGGAGCUAGGCACCAGGCCAGAACUGUCUCACCGAUACUCUGAGCUGUGCCAGCUGCCGUACGCUUACACCCAUUAUGAAGUUCUCCCAGAAGACAAGACGAGAUGUGUGUCCCUUGACCAUUUAAAUCCCGCGCUUUCAGUAGAAGAUGAGAAAACUCUCUCAAGUACUUCAGAUGGUCUGCAGAUAGUUGUGGGGUCACUGGCUCUGCAAUCUUCUGGAUUAGCAAGUCUGUGAUGCCAUAGUUAAGGUUCAAGCAGAACAAUAAAAACAGCAGAUUAAUUUUAAAGGUUGUCUUACAGUUUCUUUUGCAUUAAGUCUGGCGCACGCUGCAGCUGUUCAGUUCCUGCUCUGAUCCCUGCAACCAGACGCACCUUGCUGGUUGAUGCAGAGGGACAUUUUUGAGCAUGUUUUCAAACGUUUUGGAAAGACACUCAGAACUGGGAAACCCCCUCCCCCGGGGAAGUGAUUGGUCUCCCCAAUAUGAGAUCAGACAGGAACCAUUGAGCACAGAGUUCUAAAUCAUGGAGACCCAUUCUCAAGGGCUAGCAUCCAGAUGCCGCCUGCCUCAGCUCCCCUCUGGCCAUCUGAUGGAAGUGGAGGUGUGUAGGCUGUGCCCUCCACUUCUUUUAAGCCUUGCUUCGGUCAUGAAGAGUCUUGCCCUUUCUGCACUGUACAGACUCUGUGACCUGCAGCCAGAUGUCCUUUCUCACAUGCCCCCUUCCUUCUGCCCAAGUUGCAGUUUUUAAUGGAGACACUUUGGAGAAGUUGCAAUAUUAAAUUUAGGAUAAUUUUAAAUUACAGAAGAGGUUGAAACUCUUCUGCUGACAGAACCUAGAUGGUAAAUGAAGCAUUUUCCUUUACCCCAGCCCAGGACUUACGAUCUCUUACAUUAAGAAUUUGUUCCCCCCCGAAGUAAUUCUCCCUUUGUGGUUUGUUGAUAACUUUAAUAAAGGUCAUUUAAAGAGUGGACAUUUUUAAAGCCUCUUACCCAAGACAGUUAAAAAACAGCCAGGGAGGGGUGGGGGGCAGGAACCUGACUGUAUAUGUCAUUUAUAUUGUGUCCUAAAUUACUAUGCCAUGGGCUAUUUUAGUGUUUUGGGAAAAUAAAAAAGUCUGUUCUUUAG